AUGUAUAUAGCGGAUAAGUCAGCCUUAAUUUACAUCUCGGCAGAUGAUGUGACUUUUCCAAAGAACACAAAAAUAGGAAGGUGGAGUGUGAUUGUGACAGACACAAUACCAGUACACUCAUUGUCACCAAAUCACAUUGUGCUCAAUGAGUUCACUCCCCUGGGAAUACCUCAGAUGGAGGGAAUGAAGACUUUUCUCUUAGUUAUCUUCUUUGUCAUCUAUCUCUUCACUCUGCUUGGAAGACUGAUUUUUAUAGCAUUCCUUUCUUCCUCUAUUCUUGAAACUCUCAUGUAUUUCUUCUUGGGAUUUCUAUCUAUUGUUGUUGUUCGUUUCUCUUCCACAACUGCUCCCAAGAUGUUGUUGUACCUCUCAGGGCAGGAACAUGGCAUCUCUUUCCAGGGCUGUGCUGCCCAGCUCUUCUUCUACCAUUUCCUGGGCUGCACUGAGUGUUUCCUGUACACAGUGAUGGCCUAUGACCGAUUUGUUGCCAUAUGCUUUCCCUUGAGAUACAUGGUCAUCAUGAACCACAGAGUGUGCUCUGUCUUGGCCACAGGGACCUGGAUGGGUGGCUGUGUCCAUGCCAUUAUCCUAACCUCGCUCACCUUCCAGUUGCCCUACUGUGGCUCCAACGAGGUGGGCUAUUACUUCUGUGAUAUACCUGCAGUGCUACCUCUAGCCUGUGAGGACACAUCUCUGGCUCAGAGAGUAGGUUUUACAAAUGUUGGUAUUUUGUCUCUCAUUUGCUUUUUUCUCAUCCUUGUUUCCUACACUCGCAUUGGGAUCUCCAUAUCCAAAAUUCGUUCAACAGAGGGCAGGCAAAGAGCAUUCUCCACCUGCAGUGCCCACCUGGCUGCAAUUCUUUGUGCCUAUGGGCCAGUCAUCAUCAUCUACCUACAGCCCAACCCCAGGCCCCUGCUGGGUGCUGUUGUUCAGAUCUUGAACAACCUUGUGACUCCCAUGCUGAACCCACUUAUAUACAGCCUGAGGAAUAAAGACGUAAAAUCAGCCCUGAGGAAUGUAUUUUCCAAGAGAAGUCUUGCUCUGGAAAAAUAA